AUGGCCAAGGAACACCCAGAGGUUUUCACAAUAGCGAAUGACUUUAACUACACAGCAUGUAAAUGGAACAACUCGAAAUGUAUACAAGCCGACAGAAAAGAAUUUGCAGACAAUGCGACGAGCAAAUGGCCACCAGGGCCAUAUGCCAUAAUAACACCAAUUGAUGGCUGUCCAGAAUCAAGCGUAAGAGGUUGGAGGCGUGGGUAUCUAUCCUUUACGUGGAGACGUCCACAUACACUAACAUCGGUCACUGAUUGUGAUUUAAAUCAGAAAGGUUGUAUCCGCAAUUUAAUCCCAGAUACGUGGCCUGAGAUACAAAGUAAUUUGCUGGGACCUUACAGUAGAUAUGCAUGGAGACUGAAUUUUUGCUUCAAGAUUGGGAACAAGUCUGUUAUUGACGACAAAUCGUUAUGGCCAGCUGGAUCGUACAGUGUGUUUGGUGACGGCAAAAGCUGCCCGACAGAAUUGAAAAGCUCAGAAAGAAAAAUCAGACUUCCGGCAAUUACUGCAUGGACAUCGAAUGGACACCUUCCUGGUUUUUCGGUGAUAACAGAAGAAACAGAUAGCUCUAUAACGCUUAUCCUUCAAACGUGUGAACAGCAGACUGUUGAAAACGAUGCGAGAGAAUUUAAAAAUCAAACUAUUUUCCCUACUGGAUCAUUUAUAUUCACAAAGAAUAAAAAGCAUGCAUCCUGUCCGCAUUUGCCGAACAAACACAUGGAAACUGAAAGCAUACAACUUCAUACAGAGGUCAACGAGAGUGUUGAAAUAACACAAUUAUUUGUCAUAUGUUUCUAUCGUCCAAAUACGUUGACAAAUGAUUUCUCUCAAGAGCUAGGCAGAUAUCUGUACAAACAACCAAGCGCACUGCAUUUUCCUGGAAACCCAGGUUUUUAUUUUUUAUUUUAA